CCGUUUGGUUCGGACCUCAGUCCCUGCUUGUUUGUUUGUUGUACGUUCAUGGCUCCCUUCCAGCAUACCAGACGACUCGUUGUCUUGGCAGCUUUGCCUGAGACGGUGACGGGACAUUCCUGGGUUGCCUGCACGGACUACCGCGGGGACGUGAACUAUUUUGAGCAGGAGAAGUGCGAGGCCUGGCCACGGCAGUGGUGGAACCGCGGCGAGCGCAACGCCCCGCAGCCCAACGGCUACCACAUCGCAGAGGAGCCCCCGUCGCGGGCUUGGCAAGGCCUGGGUUGCGACGUGGCAAUGGCGGCGCCCAGCUGGCAGGACGGCUACUCGCCUGAUUUUCCUUUUGCGAUCUACGAAGCGGGCAGGGUGUAUUGCUUGGCUUGGCCCAUGAAGAAUCACGGGGUCCUGCCCGCUGGUUGUCAUGUCCAGCAGUCCAAGUCGGAUGAGGGCCAAAACGAGUCGCUGACGCUGCUCGUGAGCGCUGUCGGCCCUCAGGUAGACCCCUCGCAGGAGGAGUUCGAUCUGCGCAACAUCAAUGAGCUCGGUGGUCUCGCGCGCAACUGCAGCGGUGGGGGGCCCUCGGACGCUUGUCAGCUCGGCCUCGAGAGGCACCGCACGGGCGAGGCGGACUGCAAGGGAUUCACCCGCGCGCCCAGGUUCUGCGAGAGCUCCGGGGCAGCCCUGGGCACGGGCUGCUUCAAGGUCCCCGAAGGCAUGGUGCCUGGGCACUACGUGGCGCAGUGGCGCUGGGACGCCUCCUUCCCGCGCUCUGGGGGGACGCAGCACUCCACCUACACUUCCUGCUUCGACUUCCAGGUGGUGCCACGCGGCUCUGGUAGCGCGCGCCAGGGGCAGCCCGGAACUGUCGGCACACCAGACUCUGACUUGCCAUGCCAGAACAAUGUGCUCAAGUUCGACGGCGACUCCGCCACCGCGACGCCGUCGACAGCGACUGCGGCACCAGGCGCUGUGCCGGCGCCUCCGCCCACGCCCGCGCCGACGCGGUCGUGCGCGGCCGCGUACGAGAUCUGCGCCGACCCGACUGGGACGGCCCGCGCUGCUGCGGGCAGGGGUACGACUGCGUGCAUGCGAACGCGCACUGGGCCUCGUGUCAGCCUCUGCCAGCCCUCGCGACCGUGUCCGCCCGGCAGUCCACCAAUGUCGGGGGAGCUCAGCGCGUUCGCUCGCCAGGGACCCCUCGCAACCUCAGGGUCAAACGCCACGCUACAGAGAACGGAGGCCUUCAGCCCGGAGGCCUUACCGACAGCAGGAGUAACGGCGGGCAGUUGUAGGUGA